UUUGACUACGGGGUGUGUGUGCGCGCCUGAAAAAAUAACCAUCGGUGGGUGCUACUAUGCAAUACUGGUUCAAAGUUUCAAACCAGGUGACUGGACCAUCCAUCCAUCCGGGCUGUCCCUUUAUAUACCCACCGCGUCCAAGAAUCAAUCAUCGUCGUCUACUCAUCCAUCGCCCGAAUUCCUCCGUCUCCCUCCCACCCAUUGACUCCCCCGCGCGCGCUCGGAGAAGAGAAAGGCGUCGACCGGAUCGGGAUGAAGCAGGAGAAGGGUCAGGGCGGCGGCGGCGGGAAGAAGCUGGGGCGGUGGCUGGGCGCGCCGGUGCGGGCGCUGUCGCGGGCGUGCGACUCGUACGUGCGCAAGAUGUCGGCGUGCGCGGGCGCCAUGCCCACGCAGUACGCGGGCGCCGUGGGCCGCGGCGGGGCCGGGGCCAUGCGCAUGCAGGCGGCCACCUUCAGCUCGCGCUCCACGCGCCGCGGGGACGACGACGUCGGCGAGCUGGUCCGCGCCAUGUCCCAGCGCCAGCAGGGCAGCGGCGCCUCCCCCGCGGCCGCGGCCGUGCCGCCCAGGAGCCGGAGCGUGGGGGUGGGGCGGAUCGACGAGGACGCGCCGUGCGACUUCGGCGCCGACGCCGGGCGCGUCGGCCUGCCGCCCCCGGCCGUGCGCAGGAGCCGCAGCGCCGCCGUCGGGAGCGGCCUCCCGCCGCGCGUCGGUGGCGGCGGCGGGUUCGGCGCCGCCACGAUCAAGAAGGCUGCCCCCGCCGGCGUCGUCGUGCACGGCGGCUAGCCGAGACCGGCCGGCUGGCCGGCCGGCGCGUGCGAUGGCACAGCACACUCUGUACGUGUGCCCGCGUGUACGGACGGACAGUCACUGCACGCGGCCGCGGUGUGUUUUUUAGUCUUUUCGGUCGCAUCUUUCGUCUGGCAGGAUGGUUUUGGCCUUUUUUUUCCCGUGUGGUUGUGUCUUGUGUGAAUUGCACAUUUUCUAGUGGUUAGAUUUUGUCAGAACCUGGAAGCAGUUAGCAGCCCUGCAUAGCAUACUGCAUACACAGCCCAAAUCAAAUGUUGUUAAUUGGUAGAGUACACAUCUAAGAAGCAUGUGACGUGCCACAUAUAGUAAUGUGUAUCGAUCCAGAGGCCAAUCCAAACAAGUUCGGUGCGUACGCAUUUUAAAAAAUUUGAGAACAUGGCAUGCUGACAUUAUGCUAUGCUCGUGUCAUACAUACACUGUGGAUAGACAGGCGUGGCCUCUGACUUUCCUAGCAGCUAGUCAGUGCGGUGCAUUUGUGCUCUGGGACUGGGAGGUGUCGCUGUUCUGACACGCCAGGGCCCAGAGAUACCUCUUCGAUACAUGAAGUGACAAAUUCUCUCUGAUGCUUUGACAUGUCAGGGCAUAAAAAGAUUUCUAAAAGCAAAAUUCAAUCCGGCAUAAAAAUUUUGUAUAAUCAUCCACAAAUUCAAACCAUGAGUAGGGCAAUUACGUAUCAUUAAUUUCAUCCUCUCCCAAGCUUGUGCAACAUGUUCAUGAUCAAGUUGCUUAAAAUUCAUAAUAUCGUUU